CAACGCCUGAUCGCGCGAAGAGGGCAGGAGGGUGUGUUUAUGCUGCUUUUGCUCCGCGUGAGGCUUGAGCACGCGCCCACCGCGCUCGCGCCCUUCGAGUGCGCCGGCUUUUGCCUCGUCGGACUCCGAACGGCCGUGCCGACCGGUGACGCGCUCAUCGCGCUCCGGUGGCACGCCGAGGCCAACAACACAGACGUCAUCGCGCAGCUCUGUGAAGCCGCGAGAGCACAAUUGCCGGCGGGUGUCGCACUGUCGAUCACAGCCUCGCAAGAGGACGCGCUGGAGCAGAUGCGCGCCCACUUCGGCCCUCGCGAGGUGGUUCAGUGGGCUGCAGACCCGGCCGACCCAAGCCGGCGCGCCGAGCCGCCGCUCGGAGACGCACUGCAGCACGCGGGCGCGCCCUGGCUGGAGGAGGUGCUCCGCGCCGCCCCAGGCUCGAGCGGUGCGGGCGCCGCCUUUGUCCGCCGGCUGAGGCGAGACGGGUACGCACCGCUGCUCCUCACCGCAUCGCAAGCGGCGCUCUGGCGAGAGGUGGAGGGGUCCGCGGCGACAUGGUUCGCCCAGUCGACCGAAGCCAAGCUCGAGCAGGCGGGCGCCUACGCCCACAUUGACCGCAAGUUCACCGGCUACCGCGACGGAAAGUACCGCGAGCAGCUCGAGGUGCGGGCGACGCCCGGCGCCGUCCACCCGGCGCCGGUCGACGCAGACGGCCGGCUGCGCUUCUCGGCGGCCCUCUCCCUGCUCGUGCGGACGCUGGACGGGGUCGCGCGCGGCCUGCUCCCACACGUCGCCGCGGAGCUCGGCUGUGAGCCUCGCUUCCUCGCCGGACUCUGCGACGCCGCGCCAUCCGCCCCGAGUGACAACGGCAGCAGCGAGGACAGAGGCGAGGACAGAGGCGAGGACGGAGGCGAGGACGGAGGCGAGGACGGAGGCGAGGUCGGAGGUGAGGUCUCGGGCGCUUGCGGGUGCAGAGGCGUGCCGCUGAUCGAGGCGUCCGAACUCGACGCCGCGGUGACGUCGGAGGCGGAGCGCAUCCGAGGCGCAGCGCGCGCCUCUGCCUCCUUCAUCGACGCCGGCGCCGACGCCGACGCUGCGGAGGCGCCGCGGCUGGCGCACUCGCUGCUUCGGCUCUGCCGGUACGACUCGCGGCGUGAGGGUGCGUACGGCACCGAUGUGCUCUGCGAAGAGCACCACGACGUGGGCGCGCUGCUCCCGCCACUCACCCUUGGACCCUCACCCUUGGACCCUCGAGAAGAGGGGAGCGGCGCCGGCCUGCUCACCCUGGACGUGUGCGCUUCCGCCGCCGGGCUGCACGCACUCCGCCGCUCCGACGGGCUGUGGGUGCCUGUGGAGGAGACAGCGCUGCGAGCCGACGGCGGAGUCGCUCUCGUCGUCAUGGUCGGCGACACUCUCGCCCGCCUCUCGGCGGGACACUUUGCGCCGUGCAAGCACCGCGUGGUGGCGCCUCGCUCGGGCGAACGAGUCGGGCUGCCCUUCCUCUUCCGCGGCCGCUCCGACGCCGUCCUCGACACGCGGCCGGCGCUGGCGGCCGCCGCCGCGGCGGGAAGAGUUGCGCAUUUGGCCGAGCUCGAGACGGUCACCAUCAGGGACCUGCCCAGCUUCGACUCGGCAAGAAGCAUCCUCAAGGGCUGGUUUCGAAGCGUUCGCAAACCCAAACCCAUCGAGUCCGCGAUGUGAGCACGUCGCACGCCGCCCGACAGCGGUUUCGUGUCGUUUUGGGGUACAGUCGGUUGUCUACAGAGAGAUGUGUCGAAGAGGUGCGGGGCACUCUCUCUGAGAGCGUGAGAGGGGACACGUGUGUGUGUGCUCUAAUGUGAAGAUUGCACACACGCC